CUUGAGGAAAAUUUUCCUUAAUCCAUUUGAUGUUCUUGAUAUUGUCUCUUGUGUGAUACUUUUUAUCAUUUUUGCAGAACAAGAGUUGGUUUUUCUUUUUCCCCUGAUCUGAAAGGCAGCUAAGCUUAGUUGUCUUGGUUCGUAACAAGCUCUGCGAUUCGACCUUCGAGCGAGUUAAAGGCCUCAGAAAUGGCCAAGGAGUACAACGGGUCCCCCAAGCCCCACCAUCUCAACAUGAAGCGAAAGCGUCUAACGUACAUCCUAGCCGUAAGUGGCCUCUGCAUCAUCUUCUACAUUUUAGGCGCUUGGCAAGGUCGAUCCCCCAUCCAGUCAACCCAAACCGACUUCUCCUCCUCAAAAGUCAACUGCGAAAACGAAAACGAAAACAUCAAAACCCAUCUUCCACAAUCCUCCUCAUCCGCCACCUCAUCAAUAAUCCCCGACCAGCUGGACUUCGAGACCCACCACCAGCUGGCAGUCAACUCUUCCGAUUCAACCGAAAAAUUCCGGCCUUGCGAUCCAAAGUUUACCGAGUACACUCCGUGCGAAGACCAGCAAAGAGGCCGGAAGUUCGACCGGGACAUGCUCAAGUACAGGGAAAGGCACUGCCCUACGAAAGACGAGCUGCUGAGGUGUCUUAUCCCGGCCCCACCGAACUAUAAGAGCCCCUUUAAAUGGCCACAAAGCAGGGAUUACGCGUGGUACUCUAAUAUACCUCACAAGGAGUUGAGUAUUGAGAAGGCUGUUCAGAACUGGAUUCAAGUCGAGGGGGACCGGUUCAGGUUUCCGGGAGGAGGCACUAUGUUUCCGCGCGGGGCCGACGCGUAUAUUGACGAUAUUAGUGCUCUUAUUCCGCUGACUGAUGGGAGCAUAAGGACUGCAGUUGAUACUGGAUGUGGGGUGGCUAGUUGGGGUGCUUACCUACUGAAGAGGGAUAUAAUAGCUAUGUCUUUUGCGCCGAGAGACACGCACGAGGCACAAGUGUGGUUUGCACUUGAAAGAGGUGUUCCUGCAAUGAUCGGCAUCAUGGGUUCAAGAAGGCUUCCCUAUCCUGCUCGGGCCUUCGACAUGGCCCAUUGCUCCCGUUGCUUGAUCCCUUGGUUCGACCACGGCGGGCUGUACUUGGCUGAGGUGGACAGGAUCUUGAGGCCCGGCGGCUACUGGAUACUCUCUGGCCCUCCAAUUCGCUGGGAGAAGUAUUGGAGAGGUUGGGAGAGAACAAAAGAAGACUUGAAGCAAGAACAAGAUUCCAUUGAGGACGUGGCCAAACGCCUCUGCUGGAAAAAAGUUGUCCAGAAAGGGGAUCUCGCCAUCUGGCAGAAACCCAUCAAUCAUGUCGAGUGUCUCGACACGAAAACGUCGUAUCCGGAGCCGCCCAUCUGCAAAUCGGACAAUGCCGAUGCUGCUUGGUACAAGGACCUGGAGAACUGCAUCACACCACUCCCAGAGGUGAGCAGCGCUAGUGAAGUAGCCGGGGGCCCGCUCAAGAAAUGGCCCGAACGGGCCUUUGCAGUCCCACCAAGAAUCAGUAAUGGCUUGGUCAAAGGAGUCACGGCCAAGCAAUUCCAGGAGGACAACGAGUUAUGGAAAAAUCGCGUCUCGUAUUACAAAAAGCUUGUCAGCCAGCUGUCACGCGGGAUGUACCGUAACGUGAUGGACAUGAACGCGAAUCUCGGAGGAUUUGCAGCAGCCAUGAUGAAAUACCCUGUUUGGGUCAUGAAUGUGGUCCCAUCCACCCACGAGACGCUUGGGGUCAUAUACGAACGAGGCUUUAUAGGGACAUAUAUGGACUGGUGUGAGGCUUUCUCGACUUAUCCACGGACCUAUGAUCUUAUCCAUGCUGGCGGGGUCUUUAGCCUGUACCAGGACAGUGAAUGUGCAGAUCGUAAACUAUGGAAGCCUCGUCCCAUCAGAAUCUUGAUGUUCAUAGAACUCUCGGUUUCGGUUUUACCAGGAACCCAAAAUCAAGGCCACUCAAAGGCGGCAGAUGUAAUCGCCGUCCACGUCAGCCUCUCUAAUCAUCUCAGUCAGGCCGUUGCUGUUGGUGUCGGCCUUCAUGUUGAAUCACAAGCAUUUCAUAUCGAGAUCGAAAAGCAAAUUUUUGGUGAGCUUACAGCUCAAUUUAUAUUUCAGUCAAAUCAGGAAAUGUAA